AUGGGUAUAAGAAAUCAGUCCACAGUCACCGAGUUUUUUCUCUCAGGAUUAACUGAUCAACCAGAGCUUCAGCUUCCCCUUUUCUUCCUCUUCUUGGGGAUUUAUAUAGUUACAGUGGUGGGAAAUCUGAGCAUGAUCUCCAUAAUUGGGUUGAGUCCUCAACUUCACAUUCCCAUGUACUAUUUCCUCAGUAGUUUGUCCUUUUUAGAUUUCUGCUAUUCAUCCGAUAUAACUCCCAUAAUGCUGAUAGGCUUUUUAUACAGAUAUAAAGCUAUUUCCUAUUCUGGAUGCAUGGCUCAGUUUUUUUUCAUCUGUGUGUGUGCCAUUUCUGAGUUUUAUCUGUUGGCAGCCAUGGCCUAUGAUCGCUAUGUCGCCAUCUGCAGCCCCCUGCUCUACAAUGCCAUCAUGUCCCCUCGGGUCUGCUCUCUGCUGGUGGCUGCUGUCUUCUCCGUGGGUUUUACCCAAACCAUGAUUUAUGAAGUUUGUUUGUUAAGUUUGGAUUUCUGUGGAUCCAAUAUCAUUAAACAUUAUUAUUGUGACAUCAUUCCCCUCAUGAAACUCUCCUGUUCCAGCACAUAUGUUGAUGAACUUUUAAUUUUUAUCAUCGGUGGAUUUAACUUGAUCGCCACUAUCCUGACAAUCAUCAUUUCCUACGUUUUCAUCCUCUCCAGCAUCCUCCGCAUUCAGUCUAAAGAGGGCAGGUCCAAGGCUUUCAGCACCUGUGGCUCCCACUUGACAGCUGUUCUUGUAUUUUAUGGGUCUCUCAUGUUCAUGUAUCUCAAACCUGCUUCCAGCAGCUCAGCCAUCCAGGAGAAAGUCACCUCCAUAUUUUACACCACUGUGAUCCCCAUGUUGAAUCCACUGAUUUAUAGUCUGAGGAAUAAGGAAGUGCAAAAUGCACUGAUGAAGCGCUUAAAAAGAAAUAUGUCUUAA